AUGACAGACGUUCCGAGGGGCCGCAUACCCCCCGCUAAUAAUGACACACCCCCCGCUAAUAAUGACGAGAGAAGAACUGAUGAUGGCUUUGAAGAGGUAGCUGCGUCGCCGACAGUUUCCGCACAAGGUACCUCAAUAGCAGCGUCCAUCGUCGUCGGCGACGAUGCUGAGGCCUACGAGUUUGUGAAUUCACCUACAUCGCACGCCAACUCCUCUAUGGGAUCAUUCCAGCCGGAGAGUCACUUGGAGCAGCCUGAAGAGGAGAACACCGUGGAGAUUGAAUACGAUUCCCCAAAGGAGCAGCCGAACAUCCGGCGAAAGAGGAAACCAACGAGCGGGAAUAGGAUACCAGACUCCUUCCACAACACUUUCAUCGACAUGCAGUCUUUUGAUCAAGCCACUCAGAUCAACCGCGAUGUCAACCCAAACACUGACACUCACAGAUCCGUAUCCAUUGGAUCAAGAGCAUAUGACAACUCUUUGAUGAUCAGUGGGGAUACCACACAGGAAGAUAUUAUCACUCUAAUGAGCGUCCACUUUGAAAGGCUAAGGAGGGGCGAGAACUAA